GAAUGGGGAUGGCGAGCUGCGGACGUGCUACAGCGCGUCACUCUGCGCGUGUUUGCGUUGAAAGUAAACAUUGUACGGUGCAUCGUGGAUUUGUAUUUUAAAAUAAAACAAUUGAGAUUAAAACUGAACUUUGGGUUUGAAUAUGAAAACGUCCUGAAACGUGUGCUUCUGUUUGAAUUGGAAAUACCACCAACCAAAAAGUACCAUGGUGCUACCAUAAGCAAUGCCAUGUAAAUGCAGUUUGUGUCAGUAAACGUCCCAAUCAACAUCAGCUAUGGGUGAAAUGGAAAAGAUGAAAAAGGAGGCAGAAGGCCUGAAGACACAGAUCGAGGCGGCCCGCAAAGCAGUCAAUGACACAGACAUGGCAGCGGUCGCAGCUGGGGUGGCCCCGGCCCCUCGCGUUCAACUCAAAACCAGACGGACACUGAAAGGCCACCUGGCCAAAAUCUAUGCCAUGCAUUGGGCUACAGACAACAGGCUAAUGGUCAGUGCAUCACAGGAUGGCAAGCUUAUUAUUUGGGACUCUCACUCUGGUAAUAAAAUCAAUGCUGUUCCCCUCAAGUCCUCAUGGGUGAUGACCUGCGCUUAUGCUCCGUCUGGAAACCUUGUGGCCAGCGGUGGUCUCGACAACAUGUGUACCGUCUACAACCUAAAGACACCCGUCGUCAAAACCGUAAAAGAAUUGGAUGCCCACACAGGCUACUUGUCCUGUGCACGCUUCAUUAGUGACAAUGAGAUCCUGACCGCAUCUGGUGACACAACAUGUGCAUUGUGGGACAUAGAGUCUGGAAAGCAAAAGACAGUGUUUCUGAACCACGUUGGUGACUGCAUGUGUCUGUCCAUGUCUCCGGACAUGAACACAUUCGUUUCUGGUGCUUGUGACUCUCUGGCCAAGCUGUGGGACAUCAGAGAUGGCCAAUGCAAGCAAACCUUUCAGGGUCACACGAGUGACAUCAACGCCAUUUCAUAUUUCCCAAAUGGAACUUCAUUCAUUACUGGCUCAGAUGACUGCACAUGCAAGAUGUAUGACAUUCGCUCUGAUCAAGAAGUCAUCUGCUAUCAGGAUGCUCAGCUGAACAGCGGUGUGACAUCAGUGGCUCUGUCCAUGUCCGGCCGUCUCAUCUUUGCCGGCUAUGAUGAUUUCAACUGCAAUAUCUGGGACUCGCUAAAGGGCGAGAAAGUUGGAGUGUUGUCUGGCCAUGACAACAGGGUGAGCUGCACUGGAGUACCAGGGGAUGGCAUGUGUGUUUGCACCGGCUCAUGGGACAGUUUCCUGAAGAUCUGGAAUUGAGUUGCACGCUGAACCCAGAUCAGCUGAGAAACUUGUGGCGAAAAGGAUCAGGAGGGAAAAUAGUUAAUUCUCAGGGAACUGAGACUCUUUCUAUCUCACACAAACACAUAAACAUCUACAUGUGAGUGUAUAUUAAAGACUGGAUCUUAUUAGAGUAUUUAAGUGGAAUAUCACAACAAUCAAGAAGUCACAGGACCUGACUUGAAAUUAUAGUAUUUUGACAUCUUAUAAGUAAACAAGAAUGAAAUCAAAUAACCAUUUAAGAAUUUAAAAUAUAGUUUUUGUCUGUUUAAAAUCCUCUAUGAUUAGAUGAAAGAUUAUGUAAGGAAUAAUUAACGAUUAAAAAAUAAUGCACACUCAAGGGGGUAAUGCAGCACGACGGUGUGCAUUAUUUUCGAAUAAUUUAAAUUACCGGAGUCAAUUAUUCUGCUUAUACCAUAAUUACCACAGAAAUUGCUAAGACAUUGUGAGUGGUUAUUUUAAGACAUUUGACAGGUUAGGUGUGCGCUUUACAGAAAAAUAAUCAACACCCACGGAACAUUUCUCAACCAAUCAGAAAAGAGCAUUCAACAACCCCAUGGUAUAAAUGAAAAUUAAUGUAUAUUUUUUAUUUUCAGAAGCUAUGGUAGAAUGCAGCGAAAUUGUACAGUGUGGUUAGUUUUCCCCCCCCACACUGUCUAAUGGCUCUUUGAUGAUGUUGGCAAACUUGGAUAUGAUUUCUGAAAAACACUGAACAGUGAAAAAUUUAAUUCAACAAAGCACUCAAAAUGACACAUUUAACAUCUGUAUUUAAUACUUUCAUGCUUUUGUAGGACUUUUACAUACAAGACAGUUUUUAUUAAAAAUAUUACAGUGGUAACCUGAUACGUUUCUAAUAAACAUAGUGUUCUGCAUUAAACAAUAUCUUGGUGUGGUUUUGUGUAUCUGUUAACCUGUGAUGGCUUUUGAGGUCAUUGAGAUAUUUUAAAGGGCACGUAUGGUCCGAUUCACUAUUUUACAUUUCCUUUGGUGUGUAAGUGUGUACUAGUACAUGUUAGCAAUAUGCAAAAGGUACCUAUCCCAAAACGAUGACGCGAGUUAUCAUCUCCAACGUAAAUCUCUUUUUGGACUACAACAAACACACGGAUUGUAGGCAACAGUUUACUUCCUGGGAUUGGUAAUGUAGACAAGACCAACAUUAUCCUGUAAGUUAACUCUUGUUAGAAUUACAU